CGGCCAUGAGGCGGAGUGCGCGGAGCCGCCGCCCGGCCCUUUGUUCCGUGGGGCACCCCGCCGUCGCCGCCCGGUCUCACCGCCCGCCUCUUUCUCUUUGCCGCCCGUGAUGGCAGCAGCGGCGGCGGCGGCGGCGGCGGUUUGAGCCCGCCCGAAGGGAGGAGGAGCCGCUGCCCAGGAUGCGAUGGGGAACUGCUGGGCGCAGUGGUGCUGCGGGCUCUUCUUCCGGAGGGAAGCCGGCCGGCUCCAGCGGGGCGGAGGGUCAAAGUAUUUCAGAACAUGUUCAACAGGAGAACACUACACUAUAGAGUUUGAGAACCUGGUGGAAAGUGAUGAGGGGGAAAGCCCAGGAAGCAAUCACAGACCUCUGACUGAGGAAGAAAUUGCUGACUUGAAAGAAAGACAUUAUGACUCCAUUGCUGAAAAGCAGAGAGUUGUUGAUCUGAAACUUCAGUCAGAGUUAGCCUUACAAGAGGAGAAGUUAAGAAUAGAAGAGGAGGCUUUAUAUGCUGCACAACGUGAAGCAGCCAGGGCAGCAAAGCAGAAAAAGCUCUUGGAGCAACGUAGACAGCAAAGGAUAACCCAGAGAGCACAUGCUGUUAACAAUGGAGAAUAUCAGAGCUCUGUGGCAGAGGAAGAUCUUGAUGCUUUCUUAAGAAAUGCAAAAUUCCAGUAUGAAGCUUUUAGAAGUAGUAGGCUUUCAUCUGAUGCUACAGUGCUGACACCCAACACAGAGAGCAGUUGUGACUUAAUGACCAAAACAAAAUCGACCAGUGGGAACGAUGACAGCACUUCAUUAGAUCUGGAGUGGGAGGAUGAAGAAGGCAUGAACAGGAUGAUUCCCAUGAGGGAACGCUCCAAAACAGAGGAGGAUAUACUCCGGGCAGCCCUGAAAUUUACUAGCAAGAAGACUGGGAGUAAUGCAGCCUCAGCCUCGGAUGACUCCAACGGGCUGGAGUGGGAGAACGACUUCGUCAGCGCCGAGAUGGACGACAACGGCAACUCCGAGUACGCCGGGUUCGUCAACCCUGUGUUGGAUCUCUCUGCAUCUGAGAGCAGGAGAGCUGACUCUGGCCACCAGGACAGAUAGUGGAGCCCUUCCUUCUCUGGGACCAAAUGGUGAAAAGUGAAGUAGAAUGUACAAAGCUGAUUCGCUCUUUUAUAACCCGGUUCCCUUUUUACGUAGGAAUUGAUCAGCAGGGAAUGGGAAUGACUUGCUCCCUGAAUUCCUUCAGAAUUAAGUGCAAUUUUAUCAUCUACCUUCUAAACUUUUAUGAAAACUGGAAUGGUUUUAUUGUGUAUAUUUCUGGGUUUAAUGUAAAAUGAUCUGCACUAAUUGAAGCUUCAUAGCCUGACAUUUACCUAUAUUUUAACGAGCCUUUUCUGGGACCUUUUUACUGGGUUUGGUUUUAAGAUGCAUCUUUGGCCUAACAUUUAUCUCAGUCUGACAUCAUUUAUCAAAUACUUGAAUAUAAGAAAAGAAUUUUAAGAGUUUUAUUUCCAUCCUGUGCUUUGACUGGUUCUUUAGAGGGUGUGCUUAGCCAGCUUCAAGAUAAAUCUCACACUUGGCAAGCUGCAGUUUUUCCCUGCCUAGCUUAAAGUCUUCCUAGCCUUGUGUUGUCCUCUUCCCAUUUCUUUUUUGUCUCUAUGCUAAGCACAGCUAACUUCAAUAAACACAACAGAAAUCAUUGGGUUAGGUAAAAUACUGUCUUGUAUAAUAUGCCAGACUUAGUGUGUGCUAGAUAGGAAACCAACUAUAAAAAUCCUUUGUGUCAAACUGGACAUUUUAACCAGUAUCUAGGAGAGAACUGGGAGGACCAAAGUUUUGAUGUCCAUGCCCCUCUGAACAGACCAACAUCUGUUACUACACACUCCUUAAAAUUCUUUAAUUGGGGAAAACUUGUAAUAAGUCAGCUCAACUGGAAACAUUUGGAAAGCAACAUUCUCUGAGCAAACUGGGGAAGGGCUGAUUGCUCUUCUGCUGGGGUGGGGAAAAAAUCCCAAGAACCUAAAACCUGAACUCCUGUAAUCUGCAUUUUAAAAGGGAAAAACCCUAAACUUCAGGGUACAAACCAGCAUGUUGAAGUGCUCAAGCUUUUUGGGUUUUGUGCCUCUAAACUGGAUAGUUCAUACUGCUAAUGUGGAGGGAAAUCCCAGGAGGUGUUCAGUCACUGCAAAUCUGGUACCCUGUAUCCUGUGAUCUCCCCUGGUUUUUAAUGCAGGUGAUACUUCUUAGAAGGAGAUGACUGAAGAGAAUGUGUAAACCACUUGUAGAUCUCAAGCUGUCCCCAAACUUUCAGUAAAGCCAUUCUGAUGUACUGGUUUUUUGUGUAGCUGUCUUGUUUUUCCCUGAAACAAGAGGAAUGGAGGUGUAACUUUCAUUGUGGAGUAGAAGCAACACAGUGUGAAGGAGUAGAUCUGCAUCAUCACAAGAACUCAAUUUGUUGGUGUAAGUUGUGUCAGUUUUAGACCAUCUGAGGCUCACUACAGUGUGGUCCUCUUGAAAACACCACAGACUGGGGUCAAAUAGGUACAAAUACCAACAGUAAUGGGUAGCUAAAUCUUGCUGGUAACAUUCCAGUUCCUAACUUAAAAUUGUAGCUGUGUCCCAGCAAAUGUUUUACUGUAAUUAUGUUUGCAAUGCCUGUAAGAAGCUUUAAACAUUUGUACACAUCAAAUGUAUAUUUUGGGUUUGGCAUAAACUGUGCAACUUCUCCUGAAUGUUUAUUUGUAUGAUAUUCCUAUGGAAAUGAAAGCAACUUUCUCAACAUGUAAAUAACACCUUUUUUU